AUGGCGAGCUCUGGAGUAGCAUUGGAGGAUAUACCUUCAGUUGACAUCAUGACGGAACUCCUACACCGCUUCAAGUGCUCCUCCAAGCCUGACAAGCGCCUCAUUCUCGUCGGACCACCGGGAUGUGGGAAAGGCACACAGUCGCCAAUUAUUAAGGAUGAGUACUGCUUGUGCCAUUUGGCAACUGGUGAUAUGCUGAGAGCUGCAGUUGCUGCUAAAACUUCUCUUGGAAUCAAGGCUAAAGAAGCUAUGGAUAAGGGAGAACUUGUGUCGGAUGAUUUGGUUGUUGGGAUAAUUGACGAAGCUAUGAAGAAGUCGUCAUGUCAAAAGGGUUUCAUCCUGGAUGGUUUUCCAAGGACCGUGGUUCAAGCACAAAAGCUUGAUGAGAUGCUUGGGAAUCAGGGGAUCAAAAUUGAUAAGGUGCUUAACUUUGCAAUUAAUGAUUCCAUAUUGGAGGAGAGGAUCACUGGUCGUUGGAUACACCCAUCCAGUGGUCGAAGUUACCAUACAAAAUUUGCACCUCCCAAGGUUCCUGGUGUUGAUGAUGUCACAGGAGAACCUUUAAUUCAACGGAAAGAUGAUAAUCCAGAAGUUCUCAAGUCAAGGCUGGCAGCGUUUCAUACACAAACCAAACCGGUUAUCGACUAUUAUGCCAAGAAGGGUGUUCUUGCACAGCUUCAUGCAGAGAAAACCCCAAAUGAGGUUACUGCUGAGGUUCAGAAGGUUCUCUCGUCAUAA